AUGAAUGAAUUGGAAAUCAUUUUUGUGUUUUCGUUGUGGUGUAUACCUGCGAUGCUUUUCUUAUCCACAAUGUGUGGCACUCUCACAACAUCUGAAGAUGUGCACACUAGGAGCUACUUCAUCGCUCUUGUCGACAACGCACAAAGCGAAGACGAUGUGGCAGAUUUGCUUAUUUAUUUUGAAACGUUGAGUGGUGAAGAGCUUGAAAAUGCUUUACCCUCGCUUGUUUUUCUUGCGGAAAAAUGUCCAGGUACACUCCGUUCGAACUUCUUAAACUUGAUCUACUGCAUCCUGACUGAUAGCACAUGUUCUCGUUCUGGGAGAAAAGCUGCGUAUGCUUGUCUUCGAAUGCUUAUUGCUGACGAAGAAUCUCUCUGGAGCAACUUUUUAACAUUGUCCCAGUGUCUCGAGGAACCUCAGUUUCACAUCAUCAAACCUGUACUUCCCAAAAUGGACGACGUUCUUAACUCUGUUCACUCGGGAUUACUUGAUUUCAAAUGGGCUUCUGUCAUUUUCUUGAGAGCCUUAGCUCAUUCCAACGGAUGGGUGCGAUCAUGGUCUCUCGAGAAAGUAGUUUCGGUAGAUGCUGGUGUUAUGGCUGAAAACAAAGAUUUCUUAUUGUCAGUGAUUUCCGAGCAUCUCAAUUCUAACGAUCCUUUUUGGCGCUUUUUGGAACGCGACUGCCUGCAGGCUUUUUUGAAGUCACUUGGUCGUCUGCUUGAAGGAGUUUUGAUGUCUUUGGCUGAGCCUGACAGAGCUCCAUUUAUCAAAGCAAUUUUGAGUGCUUUUCAUAAGUUAUCCAGUCCUACUUCUUUGUUUUUUCUUUCUGAAGCGGUUAUGCUGAUACAAGCUUUCCAUUGUUUACCUGCAAAUGACCUCAUGAUGAUCGAGACUUUGGUCCGGAAAACGCUGUAUAUACAACAUACCACAAUAAAGUACAAGACGAUAUUCAACUUCGUUGUUUUUUAUUGCAGUAUGCUCGAAAAAGUCCCGGAGUCUUUCGAUGAUGUUGCUCGCCUUUGCCCAUCAUUCUCUAUCAACUCUCCCAUUUUGUUUGACAAAUUUAUCUAUGUAGAUUCCAUUCGAGAAGUCAUACUAACAGCUGGCGAACCAUCUGAUUUGCUCCAACGAGCUAUGCUAGAUACAUCUGCUCAUCAACAUACAUCUGAGAAGGACGACUUUUCUUCUCUAAUAUGGGUACGCGCUAGUCUUUCAAAGAAGGAGGAUGAACUGCUGGAAAGGGUUGAAUUGGAGUUGGCUGAUCGCCUCACAGCUGUAGACGAUGGUGUAGAUAUUGGGCUUUCAGAGACAGUGGUUGCUGCUGUUGAUGUUUUGUUAUGUAUUCUCCUCCAUUCGCACAAAGAUUUGAGCUUGAUAAACCAAGACUUAAUCCAGCUUGUGAGUGGAUACCUUCUACUACAAAUUGCUAUUGCCUCUAAAAAGCAUGCAUACAUGAUUCGUAAUGUCUAUACGAGCUUGAUCAAGCGUAUGAAGCUGUCUACAAAGCCUUUCAUAGAACUCGCUCUGUCACUUAUUACGGAGCAAUCACUACCCUUCGAUCGUCAUGCUAUACUUCUUGGAGUACUCCAUGAGCUUUUAGAUGAUGAACUUGAUAAGGAGGAUUCUCAGGACCUUUUGCUAAAGAUUCGUGCCUAUCUAGGAAAUACCCCGCUACAACCUUUACGAGUGAAAAAAGACGCUGAUAUUCCCCGGGAGAGUUACAUGAAUAAGGUAGCGUCUACCAUUCAUGAGUAUCGCUUGAAGCUGGUUUUGAAAGUCCUACCAGGUUUGUCUGCGAAUGCUGAGGAUAUGCUUUCGGAAUGCGUUGAUCUGAUCGAUUGUGCUUCGGCAUACUCUGUAACCGAAUGCUAUCUAGCAAUCUCUAGCCAUUUGUUAGAAAAGGUGACAUGUGAAGAAACUCUGAUAAGAUUGAUCAACGUAGCAGUUGGUGCUACUAAUGAAGAAAGAAAAUCCCUCAACUUCUUGCCUGCUGUGCGACAAACUUUGAGGCUAUUCUUCUCCAAGCCCAUGAUGUCGCUGGACGUAAUAAGGGAGCGAGUCAAAGACUUUUGCCACGAAUUGCUUGAUCUAGCACAACUCAACACUACCGUGGCAUUCGUGCUCUCCGAAGCAAUUCUGAACGCAGAACACCUAGAUCUUCUCAGCUGUGAUUGGACAGACAUGAUUUUUGCUCUUGCUGUGUUUGGUCCGAUACCCAAAAAGGAAGCGCGUGUUGUGGAUGCAGCCUAUGAGAUGAUCUAUAAGGAGAUUGCACAUGAUGUAGAUGAUCUACAGAGACCAUUUGAAAUUAUGCAGAGGACAAGAUUGAAUGGGAUAUGUGCUGCCUUAAAUUUGUCAAAGAAAGAUUCUCAGUUUGCAGAUAGUCUUGUUGAUAUAAUCAUAUCUGAAACAAACAUCAUGAAUUCAAGCUCUUCUCGGUCAUUCGGUUUGUCACUUGCUCACCGUCAGAAUACACGCGCAGUUUCACUUCUCCUUUUGAUCGCAGACUUUGUGUCUGAAGAGUCUGUUCUUGACAAGGUUUUCGACACUUGUGUGGAAUGGAUUGUUGAUCCAUGCCAGCAGUUCUCAAUCAAGCUCAUUCUGGAGUGGCUGCUUGUUCGCAUAGCGUUGCGCAGCCCAAAGUUCAAGCAGAAGAUGAUUGACCACGAACGUAUUUUUGCUAAUAAAAGAAUAGGGAGUGUUUCGUCUUGGAUCAACAUGCAUGUGUUGAUGUCUCGUGCAGAACCGUCGUCAGCCGCAUAUAUCGAGUCGGUUCUGCCGUGGACUACUGCACAGAAUUUUGCUGUGCGAUGCACGGCUAUCGCUGGUCUUCGUCUCCUUUACAAAAGUUUGAACCCUGAAGAUAGGAAACGAUGGCAGAUACUUCAGCGCAUAGUUGAUUUCGGCGGCGAGCCUACUGGAAACUCGCAACGAAUUAUCGACAACUUAUUGAACGAUUUCUACUUUGCACAUUUACAUCCUGUAGAUCACUUCGAUAUGCAGACGGUUUUCAACACGGUACCGUCAAAAACAGGAAUGACUACUGAAGAACUUCUCCCAAUAGAAUUGCUGCAGAAAUUCAACACUUCCUCUAUGCGAAGCUUGAGCAACGACCAGGAUCUCUCCUCUGCUCUAUCACUUGUUAAUUCUGGGCUUUCGAAAAGUAGCAGCUGUGCUCCUGAAAUUUCCGAGGAAUUGGAUUCAGUGCAGGAGAAUGGAGGGUCUGCACCCGUUCAGCGAAAGAUAAUCACGAGGCAAAGAAGCAUACGAGAGGACUGCAGUUUGAUUGUGGUCGCAUCACUUGUUGACAAACCGAACAAUCUUGGAGGGUUAUGUAGAACAUGCGAAAUUUUCGCUGUGGAUACCUUGGUGAUAGCCGAUCUAGUCUAUACCGCUGAUGCAGGUUUCAAGUCGUUGAGCAUGUCAGCAGAAAAAAAGCAGAAGAUUGAAGCUGUUCGACCCGAUGACCUCUUGCAUUACCUUGACGAUUUACGGAAGAAAGGUUAUACGGUAGUGGCUGCAGAGCAAACUACGGACAGUUUACCUCUACACAAGUAUAAAUUCCCGCUAAAGACUGUACUACUGCUUGGUGACGAGAAGGAAGGCGUACCGGUGCGGUUGUUGCGAAGUGUUGAUCAAACUGUGGAGAUCGAACAGCUUGGACAAACUCGCAGCUUGAAUACAGUAACAAUAUUCUGGAUAUUGAUAUGGGUUUACGCCAGUAUUACCGCCGUGACAUCUGGCUUCUUAUGGUCGUUAGAAUGGCUAGGAGGUCCGCAAUCCGACAGGACAGCCAUCAGUCAUGAUAUCACUAGUGAACAUUAUGUGGAUCCAAAUGAAACAAAUCCGGAGACAAAGAAGGCUAUCAAGUAUGGCUCCAUUAUUCUUGGAGUUUCUGUCAUUGUUCUCGUUCUCAAAAUUCUUGCAUGGAAUGUUGCCCGACGGGUAUUCAAGGAAUUAAGAAGCGAACGCAUCGCAAAGAUGAAUAGUUACGCUGCAGAUGUCAGUGUUUGUCGCCCAUCUAACAUUGACCGUACGAAGGAGUUUACUGACCCAUUGAUUCGAGAGCUGACUCCAAUGCUGCCGAAGCCACAACCACCACCACGGCUAUCAUUAAUGCAGAAAGAAUCAUAUAUUUGA